AAACAGGCUCAUUGGCAAUCUCCCUACUGAUCUCUGCUGGCUCAUGUUCCCCAUUGGGGAUACAGCCAUAAGGAAAGGAAGGAAGGAAGGACGUCCUGUGACACGUGUGCACGUCACUUUAAUCAACUUUGACAUAAACAUGGAUGGGCAGUUAUUAGAACCUACACUGUAUACUGUUAAAGGAAUGGCAAUUCUGGACAAUGAUGGUAAUAGGAUACUAGCAAAAUAUUAUGACAAAAAAAUAUUUCCCACAUCAAAGGAACAAAAGGCUUUUGAAAAAAAUCUCUUUAACAAGACACAUAGGGCUAAUGCUGAGAUAAUUAUGUUAGAUGGCUUAACUUGUGUCUACAGGAGUAAUGUCGAUUUAUUCUUUUAUGUAAUGGGCUCAUCUCAUGAAAAUGAGCUUAUUCUUAUGAGUGUGUUAAACUGCUUAUAUGAUUCUGUGAGCCAAAUCCUUAGGAAAAAUGUGGAAAAGAGAGCAGUGCUUGAUAGUUUGGAUAUAGUGAUGCUAGCUGUUGAUGAAAUUUGUGAUGGAGGCAUUAUCCUUGAUGCAGACGCUAGUAGUGUGGUACAACGAGUAGCUUUACGUACAGACGAUAUUCCACUCGGAGAGCAAACGGUUGCACAAGCGGUAUUCUAAUUUAGGGGAGGAUUUUAAGAGGGUUUUUGAGAUUAAAAAACCAUUAGAUGAUUCUGAAACGCUUUACACAUAUUUAUUGAUAUUUGAGGAGGUACGGCUGUUUCAACAAAUGCAAGUAACCGAUCUGAAAUUUUGAUAUGUUCUUGGCACAAAAUCUUCAUGCUUGCAAAGUUUCUAAAGAAUUGUCCGGUCCGUUUUAGAGAUAGACACAAUGACAUGAACGUAAAUUGCGCUAUGCUUCUGAACGGUACAGAUUCAUGAAAUUCUUAUGAAACAAUUAUUUUCUAUUAAAAAUGAUUACUACAGUUUUUUUAAAUAAGAAAGUUGGAUAAAAUUCUCAAUCUAUAUAAGUAUGUCCAUCGUCGGUAUCAUAUUUCAUAAUUUAAAAAAAAAAAAUUGACAACAUAGCGGUACUUUAAAAACUAUCUAUCGAUUUCGGAUUUAACUUUUUCACAUUACGCGAUUUGCAAAUAAGAACAUAUUAACAAAUUGGAGUUAAAUGUGGUAGGGAUGUUAUAGAGAUAUUUAUUCUACGUGUAUAUACAAUUUUAAUUCAAUCGGGCAAUUAGUCACCACUUUAAAAAAAAAAUAAUUUUUAGAAAAUUUUUUAGAAAAACGCGUUUAAAGUUUUUCGUACCGUUUUGAUGGGUUUAAUAUAAAAUUUGACACUUACGGUUAAUUAGCCAGUCGCUAUCCGUAAAGGGAACUUAUCUUCUUCUAUUUAAAAAUCUUGUUAUUCAACAGUUUAUACUAAUUUAUAGGUAUGAUGGACUGUCCUAUUUUUAAUUAAACCAUACCUGCUUGACUUGUUAUUCUACCGCUUCCUGCGUAAUUAAAAAUUCUAUAACUUCAUCAAUUUUAUGAAUUUUGUAAUAUUGUGCAGGCACAUUUUUAAAACCUUAUAUUUGAAGAAAAAGCAAACGAAAAAUCUUUUUUUUAGACUUUUAGAUUAGAAUACCUUUUUAAUUUUGUUCAUAUAUUAUCCAACAUUCUUGGAUUGUCAGUGAUAGUAAGUUGUCUCUUUCAGUAUGCGAAAAGGGAUAGGCUCAAUGUCUGAGAUUAAUUAG